GCGGUACCGAGCACACUAAAGCAGCGUUACCGCGGACUCCUCGCAGCCGUCGCUCGCUGUCGGUUCAGGCCGGCACUCUGCGCUCCGUCCCGCCGCUCCUUAGCAGGCAGCGCGGGGCACCCGCAGAGCCCGAGGUCCCCGCUCGUCCCGCCCCCCGCGCUGCUCGGUACCAAGAUGGCGGUGUCCGCCGAGCUGGCGGCUGCGAUGCGCUGCGGGCUGUGCUGGCUGUGCCUGCUGCUGGGGCUGCCCGCGAUACACGUAUAUGGAGCACAGUUGUCAUCAGAAGCUUGCAGGGAACUUGGCUUCUCCAGUAACUUGCUCUGCAGCUCUUGCAACCUUCUGGGGCAGUUCAAUCUGAAUCAGUUGGAUCCAUUCUGUAGGCAGUGCUGCCAAGAAGAAGCUCAGCUGGAAACCAGAAAGCUUUAUGCAGGAGCUGUCCUAGAGGUAUGUGGAUGAAAACUGGGAAGGUUCCCUCAAGUCCAGGCUUUUGUCAGGAGUGAUAAGCCUAAGCUCUUCAGGGGACUGCAAAUCAAGUACGUGCGUGGUUCUGACCCUGUACUGAAGCUGCUGGACGACAGCGGGAACAUUGCAGAAGAACUGAGCAUCCUCAAGUGGAAUACAGACAGCGUGGAAGAGUUUCUAAGUGAAAAAUUAGAGCGCCUAUAAAUCACUGCUUUUGCGUUCCCUUUUCAGGUCUUUUCAUGGUAAUCAUCUCCGAUGAAACGUGCUGCAAUUGUAAAAAACAUUCCAGUUUCUAUGUUAAUUUUAAAAUACCUAUUGUGCUGUACUGAACGGCUUGUAAUUGGAAGGGGGAGCUUCAGAACUCAUCUGACAAAUUGACAAACAAAAGAGCUUGUCGUAUAUUUCAGUUUUUAGUGCAUUUAUCAAUAACAAAACGCUGUUUCCAACUUCGUUCUGCAAAUAUCAUUUUGUUACAAUCAGGCUUAUAUUUUGGGUUUUUUUCACAAACAUCCUUUAAAUUUAACAGCUUCAGAUGAUUGAAAUGGUUACCAUGUUCCUGUAUGCUGCUCUUUAUAAACAUUUCACAACCAAAAGCAAGGUAACGUCUCCCAGAGAACCUUGACUGCUGGUGCCCUCUUCUUUUUUGUAUUUGCAGUGUCUCUUUUGUAGAAGCAUUGUUGACCAUGAGUGUAUAGUUCGCGGGUUUUGAAGCUGAUGGAGGAACUCAUGUUGUGGUGCUGCAGAACAUUUGGUGAGCACGCUUUAGUGAAGACUGCACAGAAAACCACUGAGGUGUGUGCUAGUCAGAUGUCAGGUGUGCUUUGCAUCAAGUGUUUUGCUUCAGAGAACAUGAAACAGAAGGAAAAGCUUUUCAAGACCUAUAAUUUCCACAAAUGUAUUGGAAUUCUCUCUAUCAAAUAAAUUUAUAAACAGUUCUUCUAAAA